UUAGGGUGGGGUUUUGUAAUAUUUCAUUCGUAUUUGUUGUGAUAUUUUUUAUAAAAUAAGUUAAAAACAAACCCAUUAACUACCUAAAUAAUUAGCAAACAGCCCUAGACGGAAUUGUGAUGAAGGGAAGGGUGAAAAUGGUCGCUUACCGACUGAGAGUGGGAAAUUUGAGGUUAACAGAGUGUCUUCAUUUGUGACAGAUCGGUCCUUGUUGUAAAUUUGUUUUUAUAAUAAAUUUAUAAUAAAACCCCCCGCGUAACAAGCUUUAAUGUGAAUCAAGUGAUUGUUAGGUACUCUGAGCGAUCUACCCCGAGAAAUAAUGAAAAAUGUGCCGCGUAUGACGGAAAAGUGACAAAAAGUGAAUUUAGGAAAUUAAAAAUCGGCAGCCAUUUUAUUUUCAUCGGCAGUAAUUUUGAGAUGCCAGUAUAGCGUCCCUAAUAGAGACGAUGGCGCCGGUUCCCCGGCCGGGCAGCCUGCGGGACCCCGAGAUAGCCGACCUCUUCUUCAAGCAUGACCCGGAGAAGAUCUUCGAGGAUCUGCGGGAGAUCGGCCACGGCAGUUUCGGGGCCGUCUACUACGCCAGGUGCCUGCUCACCAGGGAAAUCGUGGCCAUUAAGAAGAUGUCGUAUCUUGGCAAGCAGAGCCUGGAGAAGUGGCAGGACAUCCUCAAGGAGAUCAGAUUUUUGAAAAAAUUGAAUCACCCCAACACCAUCGAAUACAAAGGGUGCUACCUUAGAGACAACACGGCCUGGCUGGUUAUGGAGUACUGUCUCGGUUCCGCCUCGGACAUCAUCGAGGUCCACAAACGACCUUUGAAGGAAGACGAGAUAGCGGCAAUCUGCGACGGGGUGCUGCACGGGUUGAGCUACCUGCACGAAUACGGCAGGAUUCACAGGGACGUAAAAGCAGGCAACAUUCUGUUGACGGAGAACGGCACAGUGAAGCUGGCGGAUUUCGGGAGCGCCUCGAUAAAGUGCCCGGCGAAUUCGUUCGUGGGAACGCCAUACUGGAUGGCUCCCGAAGUUAUUUUAGCGAUGGACGAGGGCCAGUACGACGGCAAGGUGGACGUGUGGUCCCUCGGCAUCACGUGCAUAGAGCUGGCGGAGCGCAAGCCGCCCUACUUCAACAUGAACGCCAUGUCGGCCCUGUACCAUAUUGCUCAAAACGAGUCGCCGACUCUGUCCUCCUCCGAGUGGUCUGACGUGUUCAAGCACUUCGUGGAGGCGUGUUUACAGAAAUCUCCCGGCCAGCGGCCCACGUCAUUGAAGCUGCUCACUCACCAGUUCGUGACGAGGAACCGCUCGCCCAACGUCCUCAUAGAUCUAAUCCAGCGUACGAAGGCCGCCGUUAGGGACCUCGACAACUUAAAUUAUAGGAAAAUGAAGAAGAUACUGAUGGUGGAGAACUGCGAAACGGAAAGCACCAUAGACGUCGACGACGUGCCGGACGAGCACACCGGCGGCGACAGCUCGAAGAGCAACUCCGUCACGUCGGAGCACAGCGUCCACUCCGUGGGGGUCUCGGCUAGCAGCCAGUCGAGCAGCACCAACAGCCUGCCGGCAGGUGAGUGUUACGUCCCGCGCAAAAAAAAAACGGCUUUUAAAAAUGUAAAUCUUACAGCGUUGUUUGUGUCAGGUGGAGAAGACGGCACGGCGAGACGGCACAGACCGCUCAACCACGCCGCCGCGGCGGCCAUCUCCGACCAUGGCACCAACAACUUCGCCACUAUCCGCACUACUAGUAUCGUUACCAAGCAGCAGAAGGAGCAUAUGCAGGAGGAGAUGCACGAGCAGAUGUCGGGCUAUAAGAGGAUGCGCCGCGAGCACCAGAGCGCCCUGCUCAAGCUCGAGGACAAGUGCAAGAUGGAGAUGGAGAGCCACAAGAACCAGCUCGACAAGGAGUACGAGGUGCUGCUGCAGAACUUCAGCAAGGAGCUGGAAAGGCUGCAGCUGAAGCACCAACAGGAACUGGAGAGGAAGCAGAAGCAGCACCAGGCGGCCGAGAAGAAGCUGAUCAAGGACAUAACGAGCCGGCAGGACAGCGACCGGAAGGCGUUUGACGCGCACAGGAAAAAGGAGUACAAGGCCAACAAGGAGCGGUGGAAGCGGGAGCUGUCGCAGGACGAUUCCACGCCCAAGCGACAGAGAGACGCCACGCUACAGACCCACAAAGACAACCUCAAGCUGGUGGACGCUCAGGAGGAGCAGCGGCUGCUGCGCUGCCAGAAGGAGUACCUCGACCUGGAGAUACGCAAGUUCCGCAGAAAAAAACUGAUCUCCUUCCACCAGCUGGAGCAGGACCUGCUGCGGCAGGAGCUGAACAAGCGCCAGCACCAGCUCGAGCAGGCGCACGCGAUGCUGCUGCGCCACCACGAGAAGACCCAGGAGCUCGAGUACCGGCAGCAGAAGGCCGUGCACGCUCUCAGAGAGGAGCAGGUUAAGAACCAGCACGACACCGAGCUGGCCAACCAGGAGGAGUACAUGCACCGCACCGAGCGGGAGAUGCGGAAGAAACACGCCCUGGAACUUAAGCAACAGCCCAAGUCGCUCAAACAAAAGGAAAUGAUGGUCCGCAAGCAGUUCAGAGAGACUUGCAAGGUGCAGACAAAGCAGUACAAGGCGCUGAAAGCGCAGAUCCUGCUCAACACCCCCAAGGAGAACCAGAAGGCGGUGAUCAAGAAGCUGAAGGAGGAGCAGAGGAGGAAGCUGGCGCUGCUCGGCGACCAGUACGAGCAGAGCAUCGCCGAGAUGCUGCAGAAGCAGAGCAUCAAGCUUGACGAGAGCCAAGAGUUGGAGUGCCAACGGAUGAAGGAGCGUCUCCGCUACGAGCUGGAGAUCCUGAUCGCGUACCAAAGCAAGAACAAGAUGCAGGCGCAGGCGCAGAGGGAUCGUGAGAAGAACGAGCUGCAGGAACGCGUGUCCGUCAGGAGGGCCCUGUUGGAACAAAAGAUGCAAGCCGAGAACCAGCGGUUCAUCGAGGAGAGGGGCGAGAGGAUCAGGAUCCUGCACGAGAGGCAGGAGAGGGAACUGGAGGAGUUCGACGAGGAGUCGGUCCGGCUGGGAUUUAGUGCAUUGGCUAUCGCGGAGAUGUCGCUGGCGAUAAACGACAUGUCCAGGGAGAGCUACGACGACGACGGCAGCCUGUCGGGCUCCAUGCUCAGCCUGGCGCAUUCCAACAGCUCGACGAGCUUCCCGCCCAGCUCCGUUUAGUAAGUGCGGUAUUAUUGACCGGUAACCACCAAAUUCCAGCGGAUGCCCCCCCGACGCCGAGAAGUUGGGAUCGCCGUUCUCGUACCGGUACAUUUGAACUACUCCCGACGUACCGAUACGUUUGAACUACUCUUGACGUGUAGGUACAUUCGAACUACUCGCGACGUACCGGUACGUUUCAACUACUCUUGACGUACGGGUACGUUUGAACUACUCUCGACGUGCCGGUGCGUUUCAACUGCUCCCGAUGUACCGGUACUUUCGCGGCCGUUUCUCUGAGAAUCAUCUACCUCAACGUGUUGGAAGGUUUCAAAAAGUUUAGAUGCAAAAAUUACCGAUUCGUUGUCACCGUUUGUGAUUAUUUAUUUUAUAUUCGUGAUGAGUGAAAUUUUAAAUGUAAUUGUAAUUUUUCUAGAGUCUGAUUGUUGGCGGGACGUCGAUCGUUUUUUUUUUUUUUGACGGAUGUGGAAUUUGGUCGUUACGUAUCGAUAAUAUCUAUAUAUAAUAAUAUUUAAAAAUGUAAAUAUUUCUUUAGAACGUAUUACUUUAUUUGUAAUAUAUAAUUA